UCAUGACUAAUCCUAACCAGGCACCACACCUUGCUUGAUACAGUUAAAAUAGUUCAAUAUCACAGCAGCGUUGAGCAACGUGAGCAGUAGUACAUUUUCUUGAGGAUUUUGAUCUAAAAGAUCUAUUUCUGACACACACGUACCGUUGAUACACGUUGUUGCAGCACUGACUUGCGGAAACAUCGCCGUUAAGAAAGCAAAAAGCUAUUCAUUUGAUUACUACUCGCUGCAAUGUCAUGCCUCAGCAUCUCCAGGAGGGGGUCUCUGCUAUUCUCCCUUGUCCCCAUUUUUCUCUUCCUCUCUUCCGCUUCCGUUUCCUUCUCAUCUGGAGAAGAUGCUCCACUGUUUCCUACAUCCCACAGGAUGCCCACUUCAGGGGCAUUUCUCGAAAGAAAUUAUGGGGUGGUGGUGUCUUGGAGAGCAAAAAGGUUUCUUGCUGAGAACUCUAGUACUGCUACUGGAAGUAGCGGUGACGAAGAGCCUCCCUUGAACUCUUCCCUUGUUUUGGCUGCAAAGAGGACUUACAGAAAAGAUCCUCUGGAUGACUUCAACAAGUAUUCUGGUGGAUGGAACAUCAGGAAUAAACAUUACUGGGCUUCUGUGGCUUAUACAGCUGUUCCUUUUUUUGUUGUUGCGGGAAUCUGGUUCCUCGUGUUUGGGCUAAGCUUAUUCCUCAUGUGUCUCUACUUCUGUUGCUGUAGAAGGGCGCCCUAUGGAUAUUCUCGAGCAGCUUAUGCCCUCUCACUGAUCUUGCUUAUACUCUUUACUGUCGUGGCAAUUGUAGGAUGUAUUGUCUUGUAUGUUGGCCAGGGAAAAUUUCACAGCAGCACAUCAAAUACUUUGCAAUAUGUUGUGAAUCAGGCUGACACGACUGUGGGGAAUCUUAGGAAUGUGUCAGGAUAUCUUUCUGCAGCUAAGCAGGUUCAGGUUGCUCAGGUGCUCCUGCCUGGAAAUGUCCAAACUGACAUCGAUCAGAUUCUAACCAAGAUAGACUCUUCUGCUAACACCCUUUCUGAGCGAGCAGAUAAAAAUUCAAAGGAUAUAAGAGAUGCCAUAGCUGCGGUGAGGUUGGCUCUCAUCAUUCUCUCAGCUGUUAUGCUUCUCAUGACAUUCCUUGGAUUUGUAUUUUCGAUAUUCGGCUUGCAGUUUCUUGUUUACAUUCUUGUAAUCACUGGAUGGAUAAUGGUCACAGGAACUUUUAUAUUGUGUGGCAUAUUUCUUGUUCUCCACAACGUUACCACAGAUACCUGUGUGGCAAUGAAUCAGUGGGUCCAAAACCCAACUGCUCAUACGUCUCUAGAUGAUAUUCUUCCUUGCGUGGACAAUGCCACUGCACAAGAGACUUUGUCCAGAAGUAAGGAAGUAACUUCUCAAUUAGUGGAUGUGCUUAACCAGGUCAUCACCAAUGUUUCCAACAUCAAUUUCUCCCCCAACUUUGCACCUUUGUACUACAAUCAAUCUGGGCCACUGUUGCCACUCCUUUGCAAUCCUUUUAAUCCUGAUUUGAGCAAUAGGACAUGUACUGCUGGCGAGGUGGACUUGGACAAUGCGACACAGGUGUGGGGUACCCAUGUCUGUCAAGUUUCACCAAAUGGCGUUUGUGUGACAACAGGCCGGCUGACUCCAUCUCUCUAUGGCCAAAUGGCUGCUGGUAUAAAUGUGAGCUUCGGGUUAUAUCACUACGGCCCUUACCUGGUUAGCCUACAAGACUGCUCUUUCGUGAGACAGACGUUCAGCGACAUAUACAUGACAUAUUGCCCUGAUCUGCAACGGUACAGCAAAUGGGUGUACAUUGGGCUAGUAAUGGUUGCCGUUGCAGUUUUGCUCUCUCUGCUGUUCUGGGUUAUAUAUGGAAGAGAAAGACGGCAUCGUGUUUACACCAAAGAGCACAUGCCCAAGCCAAUUGAAGACUAUGAAAGAGAUAAACCUACCUAGAGAAAAGGUGGAGUUUGUUUUGUAAGCCAAUUUGUUGUGUUGAGCAAAUUAUCUGUGUGUCAGUGUUUUGAAUUUUGAGGUUAUGUAAAUUAGUUUGGCGAUAUGUAGAGCUUUUGCUGCUGUUUUGUGCUGUAGGGAGUUUGGCAAUUAGCAGGGCUGAACCCAUGCACGCAGCCAUGUGUUUCAACUCUACUCACUUCCGGUCCCUUGCUCUUCCAGUUCCACUUAACAACAUGAUAUAUGAUUAGAUGCUUCAUUUUGAAUCAAAUUGUCAGAUUUCAUUUGUUCA